UUAAAAUAAUAACGGGAACACAAUACCGCCAAAACCCGAUAGUGCAAGAAUAUUGUAAUCGAUUUUUUAUUUCUAUCGUUUUAUAGUAAACAAACGUUUUGUUUUUUAUUGUCUGAUUAAAUACUUUGGAAUAUGGCGCGAAAUGCUGAAAAGGCUAUGACCACGCUGGCACGGUGGCGUGCCGCUAAGGAGAUUGAAUCCGGGGAAAAGGAUAGACGGCCAUACUUGGCAUCGGAAUGUCAAGAUUUACCGAAAUGUGAAAAGUAUCGCUUGGAAAUUAUUCGAGAAAUCUCGAACAAAGUGGCACAAAUACAAAACGCCGGUCUUGGUGAAUUCCGAAUACGUGACUUAAAUGACGAAAUCAACAAAUUGCUAAGAGAAAAACGACAUUGGGAAAAUCAAAUAUCAGCAUUGGGUGGACCACAUUAUCGCAGAUAUGGCCCAAAAAUGUUUGAUGCUGAAGGCCGAGAAGUGCCUGGAAAUCGUGGCUAUAAAUAUUUUGGUGCAGCCAAAGAUUUGCCGGGAGUAAGAGAACUAUUUGAACAAGAACCUCCACCACCACCGCGUAAGACACGUGCUGAAUUAAUGAAAGAUGUCGAUGCCGAAUACUAUGGCUACCGUGACGACGACGAUGGCAUUUUGAUACCACUGGAGGAACGUAUCGAACAAAUAGCCGUCCAAAGUGCUGUACGAGAAUGGAAGGAGAAAAUGGCUCGAGAUGGUCGAAUCGAUUUAGAUGAUGAUGACGGUGAUGAUGAUAUUUAUCCAUUAUCAAUACCUGCACGAGAAGCUGCUGAAGAUGCGAAAAAUUCUGAACAACCAUUAGAUAAGGAGGAAAAUCCUAUGGAGUUAUUAGCUCCGAAGUUUACCGCACAUGUUCCAGUACCAACACAAAAGGAUGUAGAAGAAGCUUUACUCAAAAAACGUAAACAAGAAUUGUUGGAGAAAUACGCUGGUGGUAUCGAUAAAUGAAUAAAGCAAGCUAAA